GGAGCGCCUCGUUUACUCGCCGCGGCGUCCGACGUGGAGCUUGCGAGCGGCGGCGCCUCGGCGGCGGCGGGGCCACCGGAACGACCCGGACGGGAGCGGGGCAGAGCAGGGCGGACCGGAGCGGAGCGGGGAGCCCGCGGCGCGGCGUAGCGGCUCGACAUGGGGGGCUUUUUCUCCACCAUCUUUUCCAGUUUGUUUGGAACUCGAGAGAUGAGGAUUCUCAUCCUGGGGCUGGACGGAGCAGGAAAAACAACCAUUCUCUACAGGUUACAAGUCGGAGAAGUUGUUACCACCAUUCCGACCAUUGGCUUCAACGUUGAGACAGUGACAUACAAGAAUCUGAAAUUUCAAGUUUGGGACUUGGGAGGCCAGACAAGCAUAAGGCCAUAUUGGCGGUGUUACUAUUCAAAUACAGAUGCAGUUAUUUAUGUAGUGGACAGCUGUGAUCGAGACAGAAUUGGCACUUCAAAAUCAGAGCUUGUUGCUAUGUUAGAGGAAGAAGAGCUGAAGAAAGCCAUUUUGGUGGUGUUUGCAAAUAAGCAGGACAUGGAACAGGCCAUGACUCCCACAGAAAUGGCAAACGCACUUGGCUUACCGGCUUUAAAGGACCGAAAGUGGCAGAUAUUCAAAACCUCUGCAACUAAAGGCACGGGGCUUGAUGAAGCAAUGGAAUGGUUGGUGGAGGCCUUGAAGAGCAGGCAGUGAUGCAAAGCUGGCCCUUGCAAAGAUGUUUCAGCUAUAUCCAACAUCCCUCUUUCUGCAGUCAAGUAUUUUUAGGCCACAGGUACUUGUAAAUAGGACAGAGUUGAGUCUGACUCCUGUAAUAUGGAUGUCUCUCUCGAAUUGUGAACCAAGUGAAUGUCUGUGUACAUUAUGAUAUUCAUUUCUUUCUUUCUGUUUAAAGGAUGUACUUAUGUUAAUUUGUAUGGCUAGGGAAGGGUUUUCUUGUGGCUCCCCCCCGCCCUUUGGUGGUUUGAGUGGCUACUAUAGUUGUGUAAUUAAAACACUAAUAAAAUCUGGAACUGUCAGCUGUA